CCGCUCGCGGGAGACAGAAGAGCCACGCCUACCUGUCCCCUCGCGGGUGCAACCCGGUGCGGGAGGGGCUGUAUGCGGGAAGGCGGAGUCCGCCGGGAAACGAAACUGAAUGGGCCUGGCCUAGGCCUAGGCUUCCACCGACCCCAGCAGCGACGGGGAGCAGCAGCUUGGACGCGACCUCAGAGCCCCCAUAUUGCAAUUCGAAUUCUAAGCCAGGGCGCCGGCCACCGUCCAGAUCCAGGAACGCGGUUACUGGGAGGAAACAUGGCCAGUGAUACACCGGGUUUCUACAUGGACAAACUUAAUAAAUACCGCCAGAAGCACGGAGUAACAAUUACAUAUAAAGAAGUUUGUACUUCAGGACCUGCACACGACCGAAGGUUUACAUUUCAAGUUAUAAUAGACGAGAAAGAAUUUCCACAAGCCGAAGGUAAAUCAAAGCAGGAAGCAAAAAAUGCUGCUGCCCAACUUGCUGUUGACAUACUUAACAACGAAAAGCAGGCAGAUAAUCAUACGGACGCUUCGGAAAUUUCAUUAACUGACAAUUUCAUAGGCCUUGUCAAUAGUUUUGCCCAGAAGAACAAGCUGUCUGUAAAUUAUGAACAGCUUGUCCUUGAUACGCAGUCGCCCCAAAGAUUUAAUUGUAAAUGCAAGAUUGGGUCAACAACGUAUGGUACUGGUUCAGGAGCUACCAAACAGGAGGCAAAGCAGCUGGCAGCUAAAGAGGCAUAUCAGAAGUUUUCAGAGAAGAGCUCAAUGAGAGCUGACGGAGCAUCCUCUGAACCUACUCCAUCUGAACCUACUUCAUCCAGUGGCCUCUCCAACAGCAAUUCUGCUCCUCUGUCAGCACCUGAAAGUGAUAUCGCAGAGAAUGCAUCAAAAAACUGCCGGCCCAGCCCCUCUUUCGAAUCCCCUCUCAUGAACGGUCUCAGAGAAAAUAAGAGGAAGUCAGGAAUGAAACUGUCACCAAAUGAUGUGCUAAGUAAUAAAUAUACUAUGGAGGGCAGGUUUCAGAAGGAUUUUGAAGACAUAGAAGAAAUUGGCUCAGGUGGAUUUGGCCAAGUUUUCAAAGCAAAACACAAAAUUGAUGGGAAGACUUACGCUAUAAAGCGUGUUAAAUAUAACACAGAGAAGACUGUGCGUGAAGUAACAGCGCUGGCAAGGCUCAAUCACGUCAACAUUGUUCAAUACCAUACUUGUUGGCAGGGAGAGGACUAUGAUCCUGAGCAGAGCGUGUAUAGCGAUUCUAGUCGAUCAAAGACCCAGUGCCUUUUCAUUCAAAUGGAAUUCUGUGAUAAAGGAACUCUGGAGGACUGGAUGGCAAAUGAAGAGCAGAGGAAAACAGACAAAGAUUUACGUUUGGAAUUUUUUCAACAAAUAACGACAGGGGUGGAUUAUAUACAUUCAAAGGCUUUGAUUCACAGAGACCUUAAGCCAGGUAAUAUAUUUUUAGUAGAUGAAAAGCACAUAAAGAUUGGAGACUUUGGCCUCGUAACAGACCUGGAAAAUGACGGAAAUCGAACAAAGCAAACAGGAUCUCUUCUAUACAUGAGUCCAGAACAGCUAUCUUUACAGGAAUAUGGACAAGAAGUGGACAUCUAUGCUUUAGGCCUUAUUCUAGCAGAACUUCUGCACAUAUGCAUCACCUUUAUAGAAAGAUCAAAGUUUUUUCAAAAGCUAAAAGACGGUUUCUUCCCCGAUGAUACAUUUGACAACCAAGAAAAAAGCCUUCUAAGGAGAUUGCUCUUGAAGGAACCCAAGAAACGACCUAGUACAUCUGAAAUUCUGAGGGUCUUGGCUGAAUGGAAGAACAACUCAGAGAAAAAGAAAAGACACACACAUUAGGGCCUUCUGAAAAAGUGUUCCACUUUGGACAUAUGGCCUUCCUUGUGCUACCUAGUCUGAGCUGGAACAUUGGUAGAUACUGUACUUAAGUUUUAGGAAACUUAAGGAAAGAAAAACUCGCACAAAAGUUUUUAUUUCAAGACGUUUUUAAAGUUAGUCUUUGACAAUUCCAUCCAUGUAUUGCAUUCAGAUCAUACUCGCCUCCACCCUCCUCGGACACCCAUGCCAACAUGAACUAUGCCCUCUGCCGUGCACGCCUCAUCAUGUGAACUGCAGCUUCUGACUUCUGGAGUCCAAAUAAAUCUCUUUGUCCUUAAGUUGCCUCUCUCAGGUAGUCGCUGUGAUGAGAAAGCCAUGAAAUGGCACCAGAAGGAGGGUUUGUUGCAAUAAACCUGCCACAUGGUUCUUAGGCUUUCAGAGCUGGUUUGUGGGAGGAAUGUGGAAAAGGUUGGAGCUGCAGGCUGAAGAAGUCCUAGAAUGCUGUCUAUAGUGGUAUAUUGUUUGUGUUUUAUUAAAGAAAGCUUGCCUGAAGAUCAGAGUGCAAAGCAGCCACACUAGUCAGCCAUACGGGCCAGGCAGUGAUGGCGCACACCUUUAAUCCCAGCACUAGGGAAGUGGAGACAGGAGUGUUAUGGCUGAGCAGAGAGAGGAAUAUAAAGUAGAAGGGACAGGAACUCAUUGGAGCCCAGAGUUUGAGGUUUGGGAGGAAAUUCCAAAACAUUCCAACAGGGCAUGGAGGCUGUUUCCUGCUUUUAGCCAGGGUUAUAGUGUAAAUGAGGAAAGAAAGGAAUAGUAGAUGUGAAAGGGCAUGAAGAUUUGGAAAACGAGGAACUUCAAAGUCAAAGUAGGUGCAAAGUGGCAAUAAUUAGAGAUGAGUGCUAUUGAAGAGGAGCCAUGCACUUUACACUGCUGGCCACUGCUGGCAUUAUAGGAACAAGACUACACCCAUGGAAGGCUAUACAGUGUGAAAAUGAAAAGCCCCCUGAAGGCCUUUCAUGUCAGAAGUUCAAGCAAGGAUACCUAGAGGAGCGGUCUUUCUGCUUUAGCUGUGCAGGGCCUCAGAUAAUGCUACAGCCAUGGCCUGAAUGGCUCGUUUACAUUUCAAGAUGGCGGCAGGACUUGGCACCAUUCUUGCUGGUUUUGCAGGAGAGCAAAACACAAGGGUCUUGGGGUCAGAGAUGCUUGUCCAAUGGUUCCAGAAGAAGCCUGUGAGAGCUGUGUGCAACACGGUGGUCAGAUUCCUUGAAGAAAGGCUCUGAGAGGCUUUGAAGCUAUGAAAGUGAAAUCUUAAGUUUUAAGACAGACCCUGGGACAUUGGAGACGACAAGAACGUGGAAUGUCUGCUGAAGGAGCGGUCACUGAUGGGAGCCACCCAGUGGAGCUCAGAUGAUGCCACUGUGUGUAUUCCAGAUACCGAACACUGAGAUGCAGCCUUUGUUGGUCCUGUGUGGAUUUACUUUUGCAAUUGGACCAGUCUUUCCUUGCUGUUCUCCCAGACUUACUUUUUAGAAUGGGGAUUUUCCUUUGCUUGUUUGUAUGCUGUAAUAAUUGUUUUACAGGGACUCAGAGCUGAAAGUUCUCCUUUGCUUCUCAAAGCACUUUGGAAUUUUGAAUGGUGUUGACUAUUAAGACUCUGGGAACUCCUGAGGUAGGCCUCAGGAUUAUGAGAUGGCCAUGAGCCAACAGGGACUUGAAACCCCCCCUCACACAAACACACACCACCACCACCAUCACCAGGAACUCAGGCUUCUGCCAAAUCUU